GGCGGGCAUGCUCCUGCGGGGCUUCCUCCAUCGCUGCACCUCCCCUCCAGCGUUGCUGUUGUCUGUGCAGGGAGUUGGGUAGGGAAGCCCUGGGCAGAACUACCGGGUAUCUCCCCAGCUGUGAAGUGAGGAAAUGGUGCUGUCGCUUUUAUGCAGGUCCAGGGUGCUGGUUGCCCUGUAAAGCAGGAGGAGGGUGUUCGGUGAUACUGAGGUGGUAGUAGGAGAGGCACGAGGUUUGAUUAGCUGUGUGGUCAGCAGCGCGGCACAAGGAAAUGCAAUGGCCUUGGCGUCCCUGGGUUUCGCACUUUCCCGGCUCUCGCAGUUAGUGAGACGAUACAGCAGGUCUUCGCCUCAGACUGAUGAUCCAAACAGUAAUGGUCUUAAAGUAACGUGCAUUAUCUGUCUACAAGUGGCUGUUUGGUCAGCAGUGGGUGAAGAUAGAUUUGAUGGGCUUUUGAUAAAGAGGGUUAGGUGUGCGUAUGUGAAUGUCAAGCCACAUCCCUCUCCAAGCCCAAGUGACAUUUUUUAUAAAUGAAGUAGUUGUUUACAGGUAUACUUUGCUAGAUCCUAUCAAUGAAAACUAACUGGGUGAGAAUGUCUUGCCUACCUCAACAAACCUGUCAACAGCCACCUAGCAACUGCUUUGUGCCAAGGUCUCUGCUGCAACCAUCCAUUCCAUAAACACGAGAAAUGCCAGGUGUGUGGGGGUUUGUCAUAGCACAAAUAUGCUGUUGCUUAUGUUAACUGGCCAUUCAGAUACCUAUUCUGUUUUGUUAAACGUUAGUGUUUUUAGAAGCUUAAUGGCAAUUCUAUUCUGACACGUGACAUCCUUAAAAUCUGGUUUGUAAAAUAAAUUCAGUUGAUUGGUUCAAGUCCACCUUGUUUAUUCCCAUUAAAGAGUAUUUUUUGUUUUAGCGCCACUAAUCUUUGGCAGUAAUUAUUUAGAUUUCAGUAAGGUCACUGGUGUAAAAAUGCAGCGGGAUCCAGAAAUUGGGGAGGGCUGUUGAUUGUUGUUGCCUUGCCCUCGUUAUCACAAAUAUUAUGAGAAGUGGGCUCUCUUGUGUUUCUACUCUCUGUUCUUUUUUCUGGGUUGCUUAGGAUACAGCCUUUUUAGAAAGUGGUGUUUCUUCCACUCUCAAAAUAGGUAUUAAGGUGCAUAGUAUUGUUCAGUUUGUGUGGAGUCUUAAAAUUGUCUUUCAUGGCAAGCAAUAGAGUGUUACUGAUCUGUGUUGUUCUUUACUUGUUUAAAGACUUGUGAAAAAAGUCCGUAAAAGAAGUCCUUGACUUCUGCAAGUCAAAUUUCAGAAGUCAUACUUUUCUUAAGAAGCAGGGCUACUGUGAGGCACAGUUUCAAGCUGUGUGUGAGUGCAACACCCAUGAAUGUGCGAGAAACAGGAUGUCCCCAGAGCUGACUGUUGUGCUUCUUAGGCUGAGAAACUGAGUACUGCUCUUGUUGGGUGUAUUUAUGAAAUACAGUUUCUAAAAAUGUUUUGGGACAUUCUUGAUGCAAAAUGGUAUACUUUUUAUUUUUCUAAGGUUGCAUUCAAAUGAGUCUAUUAAAGCAAUUUAUAUUUCACCUUAACAUUUCUGGUUAGCACAAAACUUUCUCAUUUCUUGCAACUGACUUUUCACCUGCCUUACUCAUUCUGUGGUCUUAGUAUUCUGUGGAUGUCACAUGAAGAGUCAUAUUGCAGGUGAUUGUAGUGAACAAAAUACUGAGUUUAUGAUAUCAUUGAUGGAACUGUGUAGAAAGAAAAGGGUUAGGGAACAAUGCUGCCCAUGCAUCCUGUAAUAAAGGUAUUUUUUUUGGAAAGGCAAGAAAAUUCCCCAUAAUGUAGGAAAGACUCAGUCAUGUUUUAGUGCAGCUGAAGCUUUUCAUAGGCAUAGCUCCUGUUGGCUUUCAAAUUAUUUGUAUUUGAGUUAUUUAUUUAGAAGAAAUAGCUAGAAGUUAGGGCACAAGGGAAGAAAACCACAAAAGCUCUAACAUUAGUGCUCUGUAUUUUCUCCUAAACUAUUUAAUUGGAAAAUUACUUUGCUUGGAGAAUUUCAUUGCUUGUGUGAAUCCUGAAUGUAUGCAGAUAUAAAUCACUUAAUUGUUUCUCUCCAUUUAUUUGUUGUUAACCUUCUCAUAGAGUUUUUUCUUUGCAUAUUGUAGUUUUUCUGAUCAGAAAUUAUGAAUUUUGAAGAACAAAAUUAUAUGAGAUCAGUCAUCUCUUUCUUUUGACACUGUAUUUGAAAGAGUAAAACAUUCACUUUGUUUGUGAUUUAAAUUUUAAUCUAGUACUUCCUUCCUCGUUAUCAGAUUUUGAAGCUCUUACUUUUUCUUUAUUCCUCACACUUUAUAUAUUUAUGCAUGGUACAUAAACCAAGGGAUAGAGGGAAAAAAAUCAAUAUAUUGCCAGAGUAAGUCAAUAUAUUGACAUCAUUUAUUUGCUAUUGCUGCUGAAGUAUAAUGAAAAAUAUAAAACUUAAUUUACGAUUAUAGGAAACAGGAAACAAAUCUGUUUAACUGAAACACAUUGGCACUACUGCCGUUUUACACAGACAUUUCUCUUUUAAAAAAAUAUUAGACUUUUGAAAUGGCCUAGAACAGAGAUUUGAGAAAUUCUAGUUAGAAUUAACGUGUUUGUUUGGAGACAGCUCUACUCAGUAAGGUGGGGUUUGAAAACCUAAAUAGAAAGUAACCUGUUACAUGCUGCCUUUCAAACAAAUGAUAAUGGUUGUUUGCAUAUCACACUUUCAGGAGAUAGAGAAGACAGAUGAAAAAUCACCCUGUCUUGAGAGUGACAUCUGCAUUUGUGUAGUUCUUGCUUAAUUCUGGAUUUUGCCAUCCAAGGGUUGGUGCUGCAUGGGCCUAAUUAUCUUUGUCUGGCUGUACAAUACAAUCUUCAUCCCAAAGGUCAUCCUUUUUCCUCAUUAUGAAGAGGGAAAUAUUUCAGUUGUGGCAGUUUUGUGUUAUUACUUCUGCUCAUUGUUUUGUAUAGCUUCAUUAUUUAGAGCCUCAGUAGCAGAUCCAGGAAAACUACCUGAAAAUCCAGACAUACCAAUUACAGAGCGAGAACAUUGGGAGUUAUGUAACAAGUGCAAUAUGAUGAGACCAAAGCGUUCACACCAUUGCAGUCGCUGUGGACAUUGUGUGAGGAGGAUGGAUCACCACUGUCCAUGGAUUAAUAAUUGUGUUGGUGAAGACAAUCAUUGGCUGUUUUUGCAGCUGUGUUUCUACACCCAGAUCCUUAGUUCCUAUACGCUGAUACUUGACUUCUGCCAUUACUACUACUUUUUGCCUCUGAAAAAAGAAAACUGGGAUGUGUUUGUAUUUAGACAUGAACUUGCUCUCCUAAGAAUAUCUGCCUUCAUGGGUCUAAUAAUAUUAGGUGGAAUAAGUCGACUCUUUUACACUCAGCUAAUGGGUAUUUUCACUGACACUACAAGUAUAGAAAAAAUGUCUAACUGUUGUGAAGACAUAUCGAGGCCCCAGAAGCCAUGGCAGCAGACCUUCUCAGAAGUUUUUGGCACUCAUUGGAAGAUCCUGUGGUUUAUUCCUUUCAGGCAGCGGCAACCACUGCGAGUUCCCUACUACUUUGCCAGUCAUGACUAAACAGAUGGAUGGUGGGCGCAGAUGGGUCCUCCAUGCUGGAAGUGCAUUACAGGUUUUAUGAUAAUAGGACUGUGACAGUCUUCAGGUCAAUUAAAAUCCAGUCAUAGGCAUCACUGUGUGGCCCGGGCAUUAUUUUAGUUAUGGUCUGGAUUUUAUUCUGAAAUUAAGGCAAGUUAAACAAUCAACUUCAGGCUUAUUUUCUUUCAAACUAGCUUUCCAAAGAGAUUCCUUUUGUCUUUGAGGUUAAUACCAAAAGCAAACAAUUGGAAUGUAAUCUUCAUCCAGUUUGAUACUGGCUCUUUCUUUUUCUUCCUUUUUUUUUCCUUUUCUUUUUCCUUCUGUUUUAAUUUUUGUGUAGAAAGCACUGAAGUUUACAUUGGUGGUUAGCUUUCUCACUAAGUGUCUUAUUCUGCCUUGAAAUUUUUUUAGAGUUUUUAUCAGUAGGUCAGUCUGGAUAAUAAUAAUGUCUUUUUUUCUGCUGCAUAUGUUUAAAAUUCCAUGAUUCCAUGAGUUAUUUAUGAUAUGCAAAAGUAAUCCUGCAGCACUGCACUAUAAAAGGUAACAUUGAAAGCUGAAGCAGAGUACUUCCUAAGCCUUUCUCAGAGAGGUUUUGUAGAGGCACACAAAUGUGUGUGUUUACAUGGAGAACAGCUUACAGUUACCUUCUGGCCUAGAUAUGAUGUUAGUGAAAAGUGUUCAUGUCUUUAUGUCAGUGAGAGGGAUUAAAUAUUUCAGGGUAAACUAUGCAGAUACUAUGCAUGUUUUCCCUAAAUCCCAAGGAUUUGAAUCAGCAAUAAUCAACAAAGAAGUUGCAUGGUGCAAAUAUUAGAAUGAUUACUUUUAAAAAAUAUAGAUGUAGUUAGUUAGCAUAAUGUGUCAUAAAGCAGAGUAUAUUGUCAAUAAAAGUUAAAAAUUUUAUAUUUACUUUUCUUUAGUCUUGAUUAGCUGGAAUUGGUCUAAGUGUUUGUAUAUUUAAAAUAAAAUUAAUUAAUAUUUAUACAUAUUUAUAGAUUUGCUAUUAACAUUGAAAUAUAUAAACACAUUUAAUAGGAUACUAUGUUAAUGUUGAUAGCUUUUAAGUGUGGAAGUAGUUAACCAAAGAAAGUGUCUUUCAGAUCUGGUAAAAUGAUAAUUAUUUCCAAAGUACCAGCUCGGUCUUCCUGUCUCUGAAAAAGUUAUGUACCUGCUUUAGCUCUCUGUAUCUAUACAAAUAUUAACUUCAUGAUUGUGAAAACUAAUAUGGAUUUCUAGGAGAAAUUCACAACUCGGUGUUUCCAGUUAUGCUGCUUACUGUGUUUUUUGAGUAGUCUAACAGGACUGGGAUCCCCCUUAAAUAACAGCCAUGCAGCAGGACACAGUAAAAGACACAAAAUCAGGAUUUUAUACAUGUAGAUUGUGCAGAAAGUAAUAGUUUAUUUGUGAGAAAAAGAAGAGUAAGAAUUUUCAUGACUGGUGUUCGCAAAAAAUUUUUAGAUUAACUCUCUUAAAGUCUUAGUACAGUUACUGCCAAUCUUAGGUGUCCCUUUAUUGAAUUAACAGAUUUUGAUGAUCCACUGAAAGUUCCAAGAAGUGCAUCUUAAAAAUCACUUGAACUUUAAACUUAUGUAAAUGUCUAACAUUUGAUCUGACCUUACUUUUCCUGUCCUAUUAAAAAUAGAUGCAAUGUUUCUUUAAUUUAAAUUUAAGCCUAAUGUUCAGCUGUUUCCCUUUUUAUUUUCCUCAUGCCAGUUGUAGUGAGGUUAGGCUUUCUUUCAAGUGGUAUUGGCAUAUUGGCAGCAAUAUUUAAACAAAAAGGAGCUUGAGGAAAUGGAUGAAAAGACUGAAGCAGUGCUUGAAAUUGAAAGGAAUCAGGACAUACAUAAUAAAGUAAUGGCUCUAUUAUUUUCUUUUCCUUCCCCCCACUAUUUUAGUCUCUUAGGAAUAUACAGGGAAAUAAUAUUUCAUUUUCUGUGCCAAUAUUUAAAUGUUUCAUGAGCAAAGCAUAGUUUGAAAUUUUUAAUGCUGUUCAGCUAUCAGAGCAGUUGGCGCAGUUCUGAACCUUAUUCAGAAAGAGAACCAAGAAUUUAACUAUUUUUUGGUAUAUUUAUCAUGGGGCAUAUAAUUGUGUGUUCUGCUUCCCAGUAUUACUGUUUCAGGCUGGAGUAUCAGUUAUACUUUCCAGGAAGUGAUGUCUGUAAAAAUCUUGCCUGUUUCUCAAAUGAAAGUGCUAAUUUCACAAUUUCAUGUUCUCAAAUGUUCCCAUGUUGUUUGAUUUGCUUUGAAAUCUACUUUUUCUCAGUCUCCUACUCAUCAUAACUGAUGAAUAUUCACAAUAAUUAAAAAUAUCAUAAUUGAUAGGCAUCAAUUUGCAACAUGAUUAAGACUGCUCAUUUUUGUCCCUUUUCUUUUUCUAAGUGUUUGGGGGACAAAGGGGAGAAUUUGGAGAGUCUUGACAUUUUAGGAGGUACUAAAUUUAGGAGGUACUCUUUGAAUGAGAGGCAUCUAAAAUGGUAAAAGUAAUAAUUUUUUUCUUAAUUCAGCUGAAGGACGCUAUCAUGUUAUUAGUUUCUCCAAGUAAUGUUUCUGAAACUAAUUCUCAGAAUGAGUUGUUCUGUCAGGAAAAAUCAGACUUUAUCAACCAAUUUAAAAUCCUUCAGACCUUGAAAUUCUUGAAUCCUUUGAGCCAUUGCUUUCUUUCCCUCCAUAGGAAAAGAAAGUCUUCCUUAGAAUUCUUUCUUUUAGUAAAAACUGCAAUUUCAAGAUUGAUUAGUGUUUGUUAUUUUUAUGCAUUAAAAAAAAUCUUAAAGACAGUGUUACUAAAUUUCAUCCUAGUAUAAUAUCCGAACAACAUGUACUUUAUUAAGAAAAGUGAAUCUUAUCUUCUGACUUGGCAAUAUUUGAUUUCCUGAAAGGCACAAAGAGAACUUGAAGAACCAAUGAACUCCUCUCUGAAAAAAUUUGCAAGUAGCUGGUUUAUUGACAGUGUGGGAUAACUUCUGGUAGGACCGAAAAAUGUUAAGUUGCUGUCUUCUCAUAAUCAGAGAUUUGAGAUUUCAUUUGAAAAAUGCUGAUGUCUAAAAUAAAAGAUAUUUUAUUAAAUAAUAUCUGUGAAUCUGUCCUCUGAUCUGUUGCUUUGAAGGAGAGAUUCCAUCACACAGCUGGUCUAGUAGUUCAGUUACACAAUAAUUUUCACUCUUGAGCAGGAGUUAUGAGUCUUGAAUUUUCACAUACAUGGAGUUUUAAGAAUAGAUUUUCUAUGCAUCUGUCUUUAUUAAUAUAUUUAACUUUUAAAAUAUGUUCUGAGCUGUCCUUCAGAUAUUCCUGAGAAUUAUUUUGACUAAUUAGUUUAUCAAUGCAUGGUUAAUAAAACACCAAGUGGAAUGCCAUGUAUCCUGGUUUAACACCAGUCAGCAGUUAAGCACCACAGAGCCACUCAGUCAUUUCCCCCCAGCAGGAUGAGGGGAAGAAUUGAAAGAGUAAAAAUGUGAAAUGUGACAGUGACUGGGGAAGACAAACCCCAUCACUCCAAACAUUCAUGUGUUCCUCCUUUCCCGAGCUUGCUUGCUGAGUGUCACACCAUGUGCUGUGGGAUGUCCCUGGAGUCAGCUGGGGUCAGCUGUCACACCUGUGUCCCCUCCCACCUCCUUGUGCAUCCCCGGCCUCCUUGUAAGGAGCAAAAAGGCCAUCCACCGUGUUUCCUUCUGGCUCAGCUGUAAGGAAAGCAUUCCUCUGCUAUCAACACUCUUCCCAGCGCAAAUCCCAAACACAGCCCUGCAUUAGGUCCCUGAAGAAAAUUACCUCAUCCCAAACCAGCAGAUCAUGACGGAUCACAUUGUGGUUUGCAUUCAGAAUCCAGGAUAUUUAAUUGUUCAUGUUACCAUGUUUGGUUGGUGAGAAGCUCGACUUGACUUGGUAAUGUGUGCUUUCAGCGCAGCAAACCACCUGUUCCCUGAGCUGCAUCAUAAGAAGUGCAGCCAAGAGGCUGAGGGAGGUGAUUUUCUCCCACUAAGAAGUUGAAUCUAAUUCUAAAUUAGUUGAAGUAUUAGGAUCUCAAAAGCAACAGUGUGGUGCUGAGUGCUGGUCGGCACUGCCUUUGGGAAGAACAGGUAUUUCUAAAUACACCGUCCAUACUUAGGUAACAUACUACAUGACUGGAUACUUCAGAAAAUGUUCCUCAAAAGAUUUUUGUACUACUUUCUCACUGGCUGAGUAUUUGCCCUUAGGAGGCAUUGAAAUACUUGUAUCUGUGGACUGCAUAAGGCCUAGGAUUUCAGUUCUGCUGAAAUUAUCCAGUGAAAUCUUUUGUCUUGGCCAGGCUAUGGCAAAGUGGCUAAAACCUCUUGUAGCAACAAGGGCCAUCUAAGUAUCAAUGGUGUACAGAGGUUUUCAAGUUAGAAAAUACAAAAUUUAUCUUCUAAUUUCUGUGCAAUCCUGGGGAUUUCCAUGCACAUUCCCUGGACUCAUAUCUGUAUAUCACAGCGGUUUUCAGACAGGAAAUUAUCACUCUAUCUCUUUAACAGGAAAAAGAGUACUGAUUUUUGUAAACUAGCAUUCUGAAUUUUGUAGCUGAAACAUGGGCAUGUGAUUGAGUUUUAUUCAUUUGCUCUUAGUUUGAUCUUGACUAUUUUCAAAUAAUGCUGAAUGAAGUUCCUACUGGAAUUGAAAAUUAUGAGGUCUAACACUGAUUAUGCCUGAAUUGUAAUAUACGAAGUGAAUGACUGAAUAAUAUCAGAACAGGAAAGCUUACUGUGGUAUUCUUUUAAUCAAAUCUGAAAAUGCAUGAGUAUGUUCAGCUAUAAGCAUUGUAUUUUUUUAAUUUAUCUUUGUUAAUUUGAUUCAUGUAAUGUUUCUGUGAGAUUUCUUAAGAUGGGUUAAAAUUAUGAUUUAUUUUUUUCAUUCCUACUGAGAAUUUUUUUGU